UCAAGAUUUUUUAAUAUUUUCUUUUGUAAAAAAUAUGUAAACUUACAUUGUGAUUAGUAAUAUGCAUGGCUAAGAACUUUAUUUGGACAUCUUUAAAGGCAAUUGUCUCUAUAUAUGUUUUUUUGUGCACCAUCAGAUUUACUCAUUUUCAAAAAGGCUAGUUGUAUCCGUCAGUUAUUGUCCUGUCCCAGGGGUGGGGAUCGUUGAUCCUGGAGGACCUGUAUCCCUGCAGAUUUUGCUUUAACUCGCAUCAAACACACUCCUACCAGCUAAUCAUGUCUUCAAUAGGCCUGUUGCAAUAAUCAAUAUAUUGACUUAUCGCACAAUAUAUGUACAUGAUUUCAAUAAUCUUUGGUGAUGCAAUAUAUUGCCCAUUAUAUUUAACAUUUAAAAAAAAUAUAUAGAAAACUCAAUUCCAUUUGCACCUAUGUCUUUUGCAGCUUCUUGUACGUGAUGUGGUGUGGUCAUGAGGUGCUAAUUAAAAUUUAAAAAAAUCCUAUAAAAGUUUAGUCUGCAGCUGUGGCCUUAUACAGAGGUCUGACUGCUAAAUAAGGAUUGUGUUUUCAGCAAUAGUGUGCACCCUUACUUUUCAGAGAAAAAUGAAAUCAGCAUAAAAGUUCUUAUCUUUUUCUACUUGUGAAUUUACUAUAGCUUUCUAAGGUAUCUAAUAUUUUAUUAAUUUCCAUGAUCUAUUUUUUUUUUUUAAGAAUUAAAUGUUUGCUGUCAAGUGUGUAGGCCUUCUUGCAUUAUUACGCUGUUUAUAUAUGAUUAUACAUUCAGUGGUGUAAAAUAAUAACAAUAAUAUCUCAAAUAAAAGUUGUCAAUGUGACAGGCCUAGUCUUUAGGAUGCAAUUCUGUUUUUUUUUUUUUUUUUCGUGAUUGGAUCUAAACUCAGCGGAGGAGUGGCCCUCCAGGAUCCCCACCCCUAACCUAUCCUAACAAUCCAACCAUCAAUGGAAAAUGUAUAAAUGUCGAUUUCAAAACUGUUUUUGUGGUCCAGGGUCACAUAUAGCGUACUUUUUUAAUUUUAUUACAACUACUACCAAAAAGUCUGCGGUGUGUGCUUUAAUCAACAGAGGGGCUGUUUUUAAUGUGAAAUAAUAUUAUCUGGUACAUAUACGUGCGAGAAAGCGAACCGAAACUUAUUUUAACCUUUAUUGAGGCAAGUUUUUUUUUUUUUUCCCCCGACUUCUGCGCGUGCGCUUGUCACCUCACGCUCAGGCACGGUGUUGUGUGCGCGCCUGUGUACAGGUGGGGGGAAAAAAACUGCGUGACAUUUAAUUUAUGUCAUCGGAUGCACGGAUUUACAGUCCCGCUGCUCUCUCCUCGUAAACGGCUGAUCUGAGGUCGGAUAGUUUCGCGCUUGCAGCGUGUUGCUGUGCAGAUUGAAGCGCGCGCGCGCGGAGCGGAGGCGGCGUCUCCGCUCGGUUUCUAUGGCGACCGGCGGCUUGUAAAUAGCGUGUUUUCUUCUCCAUGCGAACUCAAACACAUUCUCACGGUGCGCGGACACACGGCUCUUUCUGUCCGUCAGACUCGCACGACACCACACGGCUCCGGGUAUCUGACAAAUUUUGAUCUCGCGAAGUCGCUAUUUGUGCUCGCUUUAAUCGAAAAGCAGCUAUUUGGAUGAGACUUUGGAAGUUUUUCAGAUUUCAGUUAACCUCAAGGUGAGGCAGUAUCAUACGUGUGUUCUGCUGGUGUCGCAGAGAUGGAGAAGUACGAGAAGAUCAGUAAGAUCGGCGAGGGCUCGUACGGGGUCGUGUUCAAGUGCAGGAAUAAAGACACCGGACAGAUUGUGGCCAUCAAGAAGUUUGUGGAGUCUGAGGAUGAUCCCAUCAUUAAGAAAAUAGCACUGAGAGAAAUCCGCAUGCUGAAGCAACUGAAACAUCCAAACCUGGUGAAUCUGAUCGAGGUGUUCAGAAGAAAGAGAAAACUGCACCUGGUGUUUGAGUACUGCGACCACACCGUCCUAAAUGAGCUGGACAGAUACCCAAGAGGCGUUCCAGAGCACAUGGUUAAAAGCAUCAUCUGGCAAACACUUCAGGCUGUGAACUUCUGCCACAAACAAAAUUGUAUCCACAGAGAUGUGAAGCCAGAAAAUAUCCUCAUAACCAAACAUCAGGUCAUCAAACUCUGUGACUUUGGCUUUGCCAGGAUCCUCACGGGUCCAUGUGAUUAUUACACGGAUUAUGUAGCGACGCGGUGGUACCGAGCUCCAGAACUGCUUGUAGGAGACACACAGUACGGCCCACCAGUGGACGUCUGGGCAGUAGGCUGUGUGUUUGCAGAGCUGCUCUCUGGUGCCCCUUUAUGGCCAGGCAAAUCUGAUGUAGACCAGCUGUAUCUGAUCAGGAAAACUCUGGGUGAGUUGAUUCCUCGACACCAGCAGGUGUUCAGCACUAACCAGUUUUUUAGCGGAGUUUGUGUCCCUGAACCACAGGAGAUGGAACCUCUUGAUCUGAAGUAUCCAAAUAUCUCGUACCAGGCGCUGAGCCUCAUGAAGGGUUGUCUGCGGAUGGACCCGGCCGAGAGGUUGUCCUGUGAGCAGUUGCUGGAGCUGCCAUACUUUGACAGUCUGAGAGAAGAGAGCGAAAGUGUGACACGUGAACUGGACCGCAAGAGACGCACACGCCAGCCGCGCAAACACCUGCCUCCUGGGUAUCUGCCUCAGUUGGCCAGCAGUACUGUCUUCCCAGCCGUGGAAAACAGAAAAUACUACAACCUGCGCAAAUUCAACUACCAUCUACCCAACAUAUGAUGAACAUCCACUCAUCAGGAACCCGAGAACCGACUGACCACCUCCCAGCUGGUGUGUGUGUGUGUGUGUGUGUGUGAGAGAGAGAGAGAGAUAGACAAAGGGCUCUGCUCUGCCUGCAAAACAAUGAUGUCACACUGCCAAAGCAAAGACUCACAGAGGCAUUUCUGUAAUAUGUAAAAUGACAACAGCAAUAAUAAUAGCGUUAAAACUGAAUGCUGUGCUGUGUAUAGUUUGAUUAGAAACUGACUUCAGUGCUGUAGAAGAGUUUGCUCUGUGGGACAGAUUUUUUUUUACCUCUGUUAGAUCCACAUAAUUGCUUUAUAUUAUAAACCUUAAUGUUUGAAGUGUGUAUAUGUGACUUAAAUCAUUUCCAGGGGUGUAACCAGACCCAGACAGAAUUUUUCAGAUUUUCUGUAGAUAAAAGACUGGUAUUUUGCCGUAUGGAUUUUAAAAAUCUGAAUUCAAGCAUGAUCAAAUUAGCCAAAAUAUUUAUUAAAUGGAAGUGUUUUGGGAUGAAUAGAUCUUGGAACAGAAAUAAGCAGAAAUCUUUCUGUGUGGGCCUGGACAUAACUCUGCAUAUUGUUUAACAUUUAGUACCUUAUUAUGAACAUAAUGAACUUUUUGUUGCCUUUAAGAGCGGUGCUAUUAAUUGAGCCACUGACUUGCACCAAAUGCCAAAUUCAAUGUGAUUUGCAAAUGUGUUUUUUGUGUUAAAAUAGAUGUAAAAUGAAAUAGUUUUGGUUUGUUUUCAGACUAAAUCAUUAAAGAUCUUUCUGCGAUAUA